AUGGGGUCUGCCUCUGGAACUGCUUGGACUGAAGCAGGUCUCAGAUCUCCUCGACCAGCUCUCACGCGUCGUCGCAGGCAGGCCACCAAGCCCCAGGUGGAUGACACUGAGGAUUCUGAUGAAGAAUGGACGCCCAGUCAGCAAGGCAAACCUUCUUGGGUGGCCUUCAGAGUGAAACGGAGUAAACACCAGAAGAUGUAUUUGAUACUCUCUGUACAUUUCUACAUUUCCUCUUCCGAGCAGGCCCAGAAACCAGUUUCCCCUCCUGGAAAAGCAAGUACCUCUGGACAUCACUCUAGAAAAAAAAUGGAACUUGGGGGAGAGGAGACUGAAGGAAAGACGUAUAACCUACAAGAAAGAAAGGGCUGUGUGUACCAAGAGGUCAGCGAGCCCCAGGAUGACGACUACCUCUAUUGUGAGAAGUGUCAGAACGUCUUCAUUGACAGUUGUGCUGCUCGUGGGCCCGCUAUGUUUAUAAAGGACAUUGCAGUGGACAAGGGACAUCCCAACCGCUCAGCCCUCACUCUGCCCCCUGGGCUGAAAAUCAGACCAUCGAGCAUCCCUGAGGCUGGGCUUGGAGUGUGGAAUGAAACAUCUGAUCUGCCGUUGGAUCUGCACUUUGGCCCCUAUGAGGGCCACAUCACAGGAGAUGAAGAGGCAGCCAAGAAUGGGUAUUCCUGGCAGAUCACCACAGGGAGAAACUCCUGUUUUUACGUGGAUGGAAAGGACAAAUCUUGUGCCAAUUGGAUGAGGUACGUAAACUGCGCCAGGGACGACGAGGAGCAGAACCUGGUGGCCUUUCAGUAUCACAGUCAGAUCUUCUACAGAACGUGCCAGGUCGUCAGGUCGGGCUGUGAACUGCUGGUCUGGUAUGGAGAUGAGUAUGGCGAGCAGCUGGGCAUCAAGCGGGGAAGCAAGUGGAAGGGAGAGCUCACAGCAGAGAGAGAACCAAAGCCAGAGAUCCAUCCCUGUGCCUCCUGCUCUCUGGCCUUCUCCAGUCAGAAAUCCCUCAGCCAGCAUGUGGAGCGCAAUCACCCCUCUCAGGUCCCCCCACAGACACCUCCAGGAAAACAUCUCCAACCAGAGGAUCCCUGUCCAGGCCAACACAGCUGGAGUGACAAAGCUGAAGGUCAAGAGGUCAAAGAAAGGUCCAAAACUUUGCUUCAAAGUUUAAGGCAGAAGAAGAUUUCGGGGACCUUUUCCAACCCACCCAAAGGACAAAUGGGGGGCUCCAGGACACAUAAAAGAAUGAUGGAGGCCAGCACAGGCCAGAAAGUGAAUCCAGAAGACACAGACAAAUCAUUUGUGGGGGCAGGUAUGUCAACUGGAAGAGUCAAGAACAGAGGGUGGGGUCAAGGCUGCACUGAAAGGUCAAAUCUCAUCCCACACCAGAGGACAGACACCAGAGAGAAGCCCUAUGUUUGCAGGGAGUGUGGACGGGGCUUCACGCAGAAAGCACACCUCAUCCGACAUGAGAGGACACACACCGGGGAGAAGCCCUAUGUUUCUGGGGAGUGUGGGCGGGGCUUCACACAGAAGUCAGGCCUCAUCCGACAUGAGAGGACACACACCGGAGAAAAGCCCUAUGUUUGCAGGCAGUGUGGGCGGGGCUUCACGCAGAAGGCACACCUCACCCGACACGGGAGGACACACACGGGGUAG